UCUACUCUCACAUAAAAUUUGUCAUUCGGCGACAAUUUCUAAGCACCCAAAGACGUUAAAGGCGUCCAGUGCCUGCCAGUCAGACCGACAUACACAGCCUUCAAUUCAAUUCAGUUGACUCGUAAUCCUUGCCGGAACAGUUCAACUUUUCAAAGUGCGCGCGCUCAAGUCUCGAUUUUAAAUAAUAAUAUUAUUAACAAUUUAGCUACAAAAAUUUAAAAUGCCGUUUGUAAGUGAACAAGUGCAAAGCGUGGCCAGCCAGCAGCUGUCCAAGGCGGAGACAAUUAAACUGCGUAACAAACACAUUGGUCAAGCCUGUAAGCUCUUCUAUCGCUCGGAUCCAUUGAAGAUCGUACGCGGCCAGGGUCAAUAUAUGUUCGAUGAGGAGGGCGUACGCUAUCUGGACUGCAUCAACAAUGUAGCACAUGUGGGUCACUGUCAUCCGGAGGUGGUGCGAGCUGGCGCCCUGCAGAUGGCCACGAUAUCGACGAACAAUCGCUUCCUGCACGACGAGCUGGUGCAGUGCGGCCGUACGCUGACCAGCAAGAUGCCGCCAUCSCUGUCCGUUUGCUUCUUCGUCAACUCCGGCUCGGAGGCGAACGACUUGGCCCUGCGCCUGGCGCGCAACUACACGAAGCGUCAGGAUGUGAUCACACUGGACCACGCCUAUCACGGCCACUUGCAGUCCGUCAUGGAGAUCUCGCCGUACAAGUUCAAUCAGCCGGGCGGCGCCAAGAAGCCGGACUACGUGCACGUGGCUCCGUGCCCGGACAUCUACGGCGGCCAGUUCACGGACAAGCUCUAUCCCAAUGCUGAUCUGGGCGCACUCUAUGCACAGCCCAUUGCCGACAUUUGCGAGCGCCAGCUGGCGAAGGGCCAGGGCGUGGCCGCCUUCAUCGCGGAGAGCCUACAGAGCUGCGGCGGACAGAUCCUGCCGCCCGCCGGCUACUUCCAGGCGGCCUACCAGGCGGUGCGCCGUACCGGCGGCGUCUGCAUCGCGGACGAGGUGCAGGUGGGCUUCGGGCGCGUGGGCAGCCACUACUGGGCGUUCGAGACGCAGGGCGUGGUGCCCGACAUCGUGUGCGUAGCCAAGCCCAUGGGCAAUGGCCAUCCGGUGGGCGCUGUGGUGACCACGCCCGAAAUCGCCCAGGCCUUCCAUGACACCGGCAUCGCCUACUUCAAUACAUACGGCGGCAAUCCGGUCUCGUGCGCCAUUGCCAACGCGGUGAUGCGCAUCAUCGACGAGGAGCAGCUGCAGCAGAACGCCCAGCAGCUGGGCGAAUAUCUGCUGCGCCAGUGCAGCCAGCUGAAGCAGGAGUUCGAGUCUGUGGGCGAUGUGCGCGGCAUGGGCCUGUUCGUGGGCAUCGAGAUGGUCAGCGACCGGGAGACGCGCUCGCCCGACACCCAGGCCGCGCACUGGCUGGUGAAUCGCAUGAAGCAGCUGCACAAGGUGCUCAUCUCCAGCGACGGGCCCAACGACAACGUCAUCAAGCUCAAGCCGCCCAUGUGCUUCAAUCACGAGAAUGCCGACGAGUUCCUGCUCGCGUUCCGUGAAUGCCUCACCACCCUGCGCCAGGAGCAGAUGCAGGCGCGUGCCAUGGAGGCGGCGACGGCCGCAGCGGCAGCGGCAGCGGCAGCGGAUGCUGCUGCAACUGCCACAAACGGUGUCAUUGCCACGGCGGCCGAGACGCUGGCCAAUAAGACGAAACUGUUCGAGCGGCAGGAUCGCCUGAUCAAGUCUGUCUGAGUGGGGCGUGCCCCAGCCUCAGCCUGCGCCCAGCCCCCAACUCCUGCUCCUGCUCCUGCUCCUGCUCCUGCUCCUGCUCCUACUCCUUAGUUAGUUGCACAAAGAUA